UUCUGUGCCCCGCGCCCACUGCCCCCCGCAACCAUGAUCUCCCUCUCCGACACCCAGAAGAUUGGAAUGGGACUAACAGGCUUUGGAGUAUUUUUUCUUUUCUUUGGAAUGAUACUCUUCUUUGACAAAGCUCUUUUGGCUAUUGGAAAUGUUUUAUUUGUGGCUGGAUUGUCUUUUGUUAUUGGUUUAGAAAGAACAUUUAGAUUCUUCUUUCAAAAACACAAAAUGAAAGCAACGGGCUUUUUCCUGGGUGGUGUGCUCAUAGUUCUCAUUGGUUGGCCUUUAAUAGGAAUGAUCCUUGAAAUUUAUGGGUUCUUCCUAUUAUUCAGGGGGUUCUUUCCUGUGGUGGUUGGCUUUAUUAGAAGAGUUCCAGUUCUUGGAUAUCUCUUGAAUUUACCUGGUAUAAGCUCGCUUGUAGAUAAAGUUGGAGAAAGCAACAACAUGGUAUAAUGACAAGAGGGCAGAAGACUGAUUCUAAACUUAGUGUAUUAUUUAUAAAAUCCUUUUGAAGAAUACUCAGCACAAAGAUUAUGUUGUGUACAAAAGAAAAGCUUGUUACAUUCUUUACAUAACAGUUUAAUUUAAAAUGUAUAGUCAACAAUAUACAUUAGAAAAGAAGCUCAGCAAGUAUGCUUCUAGGAAAGUAACUCCAGAGUUCAGGAAGUAAACUGAAGAGGUGAAAGUCAUGGAAUAACCCAUGUUACAACUGUUCAAGACUAUUUUUGUUGUUUUUGGAAAACAUGUUAGAGGCAAUGAACCCUUGUGGAAUUAAUGGUGCCUGUACUUUACCUCCUUAUUUUGAAGGUGCAGUAGAGCAAACAGGCCUACAUUUUUAAGGGUGACCCAAACUUAUCCAACCCUGUUGUGUAACCAACUUCUUGUGUAACAAGAGAUGCGACUUUGCAUGAAGGUUAAGAUGACUGUUCAUCUUUAAGUGUAUUAUGAUAAAAAAAAAAAAGGAAACCCUACACGGUUCUGUUGUAAACAUUUUUGUAAAUAUGUGGCUGAAAUAAAACAUUGUUAUCUUAAUGUUUCAAAGCCAAAUGUAAGUUGAUUGUAUUUGCCUUCCAUUUCGGAAUAUGCAAAAGGUCAAUCUUUAAUAACUUCAGUCUUAAAUGUUGGUUCUGAACAUGUAGAGCUCAGCAGGGAACUCUGGAAACGGACUUGCACUCCUUCCAGUUUGUUCUCCUUGAGUCAUUUUACAUGUGCAUCUGGAUGAGAAUGUAGCCCCUUGCCACUAACAUGAAAACUUUGUGAAAUAUGCUUAGUUCACAGAAAAAUGCAUUUGGUUAAGGUGCUGACAUAAACCCUGUGAAAUGUAUCCUAUCAAAAUUUGAACCUUUGUUUUUAAAUAGUUUGAAGCUAAGGUUUCUUUGUUUACUCUGGAACUACAAAUUGACUUUUAUUUUUUACUGUAAUAAAAUGAAAACUUAAAGUUGUGUGUAUGUGAGUCUCUGGGGUGAAAAUUGAGCUAAUGGGGCUAACUAAAGAUCAAGUGCCAAUCUCCAUAUGUUUUGUAACUUGGUGCUUGGGUUAUCUUCAAAUUACUUAAAACUUCUGUGAGUCACAGCAACAACUUUGCUGUUGCAGAGAUUCUUAGCUAACCUGGAACACAUGUCCCCUACUAAUGCAAGGGUCACAUUUUUGCUUCUAUUAAAGUGUUAAACAUUGUGCACUUUCGAUAGAUUUAGUUACAUAGUAUCCUCACCUAACAAAAUGUGACCAUUAAGUAAAUUGUAUUUGUGGAGGCUUUGGGGGUUUCUGUUGUUUUUAGCUUUCUUUUCCCUUAAAUGUAACCCUGAAAACACUGAAAUGCAAUGGUGGUAUUUAAAGUAGCUAUGUAGACUUAAAGGUCUAAUGACUGUUUAAUGGUGGUUUUUUUUUUCCU